AUGCAGGCCAUCACCAUUCUCAAGGCCAAUGGUUUCGUAUCGCGUCCGCUCGUGGAGAGCUUGAGCGAAAAGAUUGCGCUCGACUACCUGAAGCUACCGAUCGUCGUUUGGGUGUGCCUCUCUCAGGCCAAGCCGACGCAAGCAAGCGUUCUCUCGCCGACGGAGUGUUUGGACGACGUGGCAUCGCCGCAGACCGCCACGGCCCGCGGUCUCGCGGGCAGCAAGCGAUCGACCACCGAGGCCGAGCCGGCCCAGGAGCGCAAGGAGGAGUCGUGCCACAAGAAGGCCAGGAAGUCUUCAGACUCGGGCGACGAAUUGGCCCCCGUGACGGCCGCCACCGUGAGCGAUCGCAUCAACCGGUACUGCCAGGAAGUCGGGCACGAUCCGGCCUUCUUUCAGGUCAAGUCCGUCAGUUCCGUGUACUGCCUGGUGUGCAACAAGACGUUCAAGCUUCACGGCCGCGGACAGAUCACCCGAGUCAAGCGACACGUCAAGGGCGAAGGCAAGAAGGGACUGUCGCGUCACAUGCACAAUCUGUUGAGUGUCAAGGAGAAACUGCGUACCCAGCAGAUCCCGAUGCUGUGGCAGAUCCCCGUGCACAUCCUGCAGCAGGUGCAGCAGGCCCGCCUGCAGGUGGCCUCCUUCGCUGGGGUGGUCCCACCCACGUUGCCGGCGGCCGGCGGUUCCGGUGGACACCUUCCGCACCUCCCGAUGCUCGCCAACAUUCGCCCCGCGACUGCUGCCGCCCGCUCCCCCUUGCCGCCGUCGGCCGGGCUCGUCCCGCCCUCGCCCACAGUCAACACCAUGCGGAGCUGCUCGCCCACUGGCGGCGGCCUCCACCUCAACCCGUUCCCCGCGCCGCUGCUCAGCCAGGCCAUGGCGGCCGUGCCCUCCCUGCAGAUGCUGCAAUCGCCUUCGUCUCCGCUGCCGCAGCCGACGUGCCCUCCCGCGGUCCCCGUGGCCCCUGCCUCACCCUCUGUCGUAGCUCGCCUGGGCGAGUCGCCGCUUCACCUUCACGGCCAACGGCAGCAGCUGGACAACGAUACUGGUUUGGUGCACUGCCACUGCCUCUCGCCGGCCAAGCCGGUGCUCGUCCGCGAGCCCACGACGACGACCACCACGACCAGCAGCAGCAUGGCGUCGAUGGAGGGCAUCGAGGUCGACGGCGGCGGCGGCAACAGCGACGACGAGGACGACGAAGACCAGCAACAGGCCUUCCGCAACGGCCGACGAUACUACAUCUGCCACCGCAGACGAAGCGAUGAGGGCUGCACGUUCGUGAAGCCCAGUAAUGAAUUCACCCGGCUCAUCAACGACGACCGGCUCGAGGAGCUCGACCUGCACGACGAGUCGCUCCAGGGCUACGUCGACCAGAACCUGGUGGAAGAUGACGAUGACGGCGGCGCCGGCGCCUUUGACGACGACAACGGCACCGGAGCCUUUGAUAGCAACGACGACAACGGCACCGGAGCCUUUGAUAGCAACGACGACAGCGAUGACCAGCAGUUCGGCAACCACAACCACCACGAUGAAGACGACGAUGACGGCUGCGGCCUCAUCAUUCACGAGGACUUUCACCACGAAGACGGCGCCGACGUCGGCCUGCACAUGGAGGCCGGCGAGGUCGAAUCGCCGUCGACCCUGGUCAUGGCCCUCAUCACCGACGAGGGCGACGAGCCGUCGGCGGCCGAUACCGGCGACGCCGCGCUGCGACACCACUCGGAGGAGCGGCGGCUCGACGAUGAGGAGGACGAGUCGCAGGGCUCGCCGCUCGAGGUCGAGCUCAACGAGGGCGGCAGCGAGGGUGCCGGCGGCGGAGACGUCGAUGACGUCGACGACAACGGCGGCGGCGGCGGCAACCCCAGCUGGCUGCUGGAGUGGACCGAGGCGGGCGACGACGCCGAGGACCUGUGGUGGAGCACCACCUGCAGCACACCGAGGGAGUGA